AUUCGGAUUUACAACCUAGUUCGCGUGAACGGGCGUUGAUUCCGUACUGACAGCAGCCUUGGCGUCGGCUCCUCGGUGAAAAGACGUCGAUGACUUGGCUGUCGGUCACCCGCGUUCGCCGCGUCGUCCUUCCUGCGACGCUUUGAACCUUCGCCGCUUCGGACGUCGGGGUCACAGUCGUCCGUGUCGCCGUCCGAACUGUCCAGUGACCCAACUCCAGCGGCCGCGACGGUUCGACCGUUGUCAGCGUGACAGUCAUGUUACCGGUUAGAAGUGUCGCCGCCGUGUUCAGGGUAGCGCCGCCUCGGCGGUCCGUCGCGGAAAUGUGCCGUCGCACAGCGAUGCCGACGACCGCGCGGCGUUUCUACUGCGAGCAGCAGCAGCCGCGCAACGGCGAAGGUUACGACGCUCGUCGAUACAAGCUCGCCAAGAGGCUCUUCUCGACGGCCCUGUUCGGGAGCACGCUGGCGGCCGCGCUGUACUUCAAGCGGCGGCGCCAGGCCGAGCACAGCGAGCUGUUCCGCGAGUGCGUCAUGCUGCCGCGAGACGACAAUUACGCGUCGAACAUGUACUUCUACAACUACCGCGGCUACGUGUUCCCGGGCAUCGUCAUCAGGUCGCUGCCCAGGGUCCAGGCGCUCAAGGCCCGGCCGGACGACGUCUACGUCGUGUCGUUCCCCAAGACCGGUACGACGUGGGUGCAGGAGAUCGUUUACCUCAUUGUGACUGGGCUUGACUUCCGGUCUGCGUCAGAACGUAACAUGGAGCAGCGGUUCCCCUUCCUCGAGUACUUCUACCCCGGCGUUUCGACCAUCGAGAGUUCUCCAGACACCCGCAUGGUGAAGACGCACCUCCCUUACUCCCUGCUACCAGAGUCUAUACGCACAGAAAACCCAAAGAUUAUCUACAUUAUGCGGAACCCCAAGGAUGUGUGCGUGUCACUAUACCACUUCACAAGGCUCAUCAAAGAGACAGGAUAUGAGGGAAGCUUCAAGGAUUUCUUUGAAUCGUUCCUCAAGGGACAUGUGUCUUACGGACCCAUCUGGAAGCACUAUCUCGAAUGGUGGGAACACAGAAAUGAUCCCAAUGUGCUUGUCAUAUCAUAUGAAGAUCUCCACAAGGAUGCUUGCAGCGUGAUCCAAAGGAUAGCCCUCUUCCUGGGCCGGCCGCUACGCGACGACGAGGUGUUGGCCAUCGCCGAGCACUGCAACUUCAGCCACAUGGUGCGCAACCCGGCCGCCAACUACGAGCAUUGGCGCAAGCUUGGCUUUGUCAACCUUCAAGAAGGCGGCUUCAUGAGGAAAGGAAUCGUUGGCGACUGGAAGAACUACUUCACGCCCGAGAUGAACGCCAAAAUGGAUGCCUGGCUAGAGGAGAAGUUCGGCAACACAGACCUGACCUUUGUCUACGAGCUUCCAUCAGACGAGGAAGCUGAGAAAGAUGCUGUCUAGUCCCACUUAGAGUUUGUUAUGAAUUUCAAUUGUGAAAUUAUGUUAGAAUGUGACAGCUAACUUGUUAUUUUCACACUGCGAGUCUACAGCAACGUCUGCCAACACAGAUGUUUUGGUGGGACUGUUAACACGCGUAGGUUUACAGGAAUUUUAAAAGAAUUUAGGUGUUAAAAUUGAUAUGUUUUGCAAACAGCCCAGCAGAGUAUUAUGUCAAGUUUUAGUUCCUCCGGUGCUGGAAACAACAUGCCUCUCUGUGAUGAUACAUUUAGCUGGUCUCCAUGCAGUGAGGCUUGGGCUGAAGGCAGGAAGGCUCACAUUGUAGGUAAACGGCUUAAUGACGGUUAACGCUACACUUUGCAAAACACUGGCUGAACACGCCAGCGGCUAUGGCUUGAGCCAUCAGCCCACUGCAGGGAGACGGCAAAACAAUAACCAGGCCUCCGUAAAGGGAAGAAGUAGCUGACGAUGUCGGCACAGCGACUUACUGCGCAGGACACAGUGCACCAUCUGUAGCAGCCCACAUCAAGUGGGCCAAGCACAUCACCCACGUAAAACUCUUGCUUGGGCUAGUUGGUUCAUGCUUGAAUUAGUCAAGGCAAGGCGCAGAAGACCAGAACUCAAAAAGGACACAAACGACAGGACCGGUGCCCAUUGCCAGUCUUGAGUGGUGUCGUAUUGCUUGAGAAAAAAAUACUGGUGCCUUUGGAAGUACAGUCUAUCUUCUGGGCAUGUCUGGCGCGUAUGUGAAAUACUCAAGUCCGAAGGCGCCGGUCCUGUCGUUUGUGUUCUUGAGUCCUGGUCUUCAGCGCCUUGCCUUUACUACAUCACUCACAUUCCACCCCUCUCUGGAUGACCAAGUCCCUUGGUCUAACUUGGCGCUCCACGUUUCCCAGGUUGAAUGAUGAUUUCCAAAUGCGAGGUGCCAGUUCCGAGCUGUGGCUUUUAGUUUUAGGUUCAAGAAAUCUUUUUGCCUUCAUUCAUGCCUUCAUGGCAGCACAUUUGUGGUGCUGUGUCGAAGAAAACUUCAUUCACCAUGUUCAAGGAUGAGUUCGCAUAGAUCCUACACUUGAGUCUAGCUGUGAUAAGCACUGCUGCUCUACAUGUAAGAAACAACCACAAAAAGUGUGGACUUCAGAAGCCUGCGCAUAAUACGUGCUCAAGUAUAAUAUGCAGAUUAAUUUUAGCUGUGACAGAACAAAAAUGAAAAAUAAGUUCAUCUGGAUAACAUAAGCGAAGCACACUUUCCUUUUUUUUUCUGUCUUCAUUUUUGUCACAUAACAUUAGAUUCUCUAAUAUCCGAUAGUAACACAUGAAGCAAAUUUAAUGUGCCAGAACAUAGUGUGUGUGCAUUUGUGGAAGCAUAAAAACAUAGUAUUUGUGGAAUUUAGGGUAUUAUGAAACAUCAAGUUUUUAAAGAACUUUAUUGCCUCGGAUUGGUCUGGAAUAAUCAAGGCAUGCACAAAACAGAUGCCAGACAAGAAUUCUUCCGGCUCUCGACUUCACUUUGGGUAUUACCUUUUCCAUGAGCCUUACCUAAAGUGCGUCAAAGUAUUUGAUUGUCGAGAUCUUUGCUUCUGCUUACAGCGUGUAUUUUACAGAAGAAAUGCCUCCUCCAAGCAAAUGAAAUAGCCCGAGUGUAACUAUGGCUUCCAUGAUGAUGGUCUAGACCAUGGGCCAUCAUCGUUUUCUGCGUAGUCUUGGACUGAGAGAGACAGUAUGAGUGAAAACAAGUGCACAUAAAACGGAAGUACUCAGGCAUUGCUUUCUAAUCAAAUGUCAUGUAUAUGCAGUUAAAGAAGCAGCCAAUGUUCAGUGAAGAAAAACUUAAAUA